AUUAAGUAAAUAUUUGGUGAUCUGAAAGCCCACCGUUUUCGAGAAAAAAGGUAUUAGAAAGAAUCAGUCCGGCUCUGGUAGUAUCAGGCAGGAUAAUACGACAUUGCAACGCCACAUUCAACCAGCUGCUAUUUAUCAGCAUCCGUGUUUUAUUUCUUAUGCAUUUUUUUAUUCAUGUAUUAUUUGUAUUUGUUAGAUUAGAGGAAGUGUGAUAGAAUAUAUUUACGUUUAUGUGUUGUCAAUCCACGCCCAGCGCCGGCUUCGGAUUGUAACUUUGUCUAGUUUUCUUACAAUAUUAAUUCAAAGUGAAUCGUUAAUUUUAAAGGAUUAUGUAGUUGAUUAGGCUGAUUUCCCUGAUUUUGCCUGCUGACAAAAUUGCACAGCCGCUCACGCUCAGGCAAGUGACGCGCGGCUGUCGAUUGCUUCUUACCAAACAAGAGAAAAUUGUUAUCGUCAAUCGUUUAGGUGUAUAAACAGUUAAUAACUUGAUAUUACAGUAUAAUUUGGAGGUAAAAAUGUAAAAGGCCUAUAUAAAUUCUAUAAAUUUCAUUUUAUUUCAGUAACCAUAAUUCAGUGUGUUAUUACUUUUCAUAUUUACAAGAAAGAUAACGUGCCAAUUAUUCUGUAAUAUAAAAAUGUGAUAUGGGUCAAAAACAGUCUGGAUUGGGUAAAAAACUAUCAGGUAUCAAGUUGCCCAUCAUAUGGGUGCUGCGAAACCAAAGAAUCACGCAAAACCCGAAUCCUCAGGAACCGAUAAAGUUCCAGUACAAGACGAGGAAGAAACCAAUCAAUCUGACUUGUAGAAACGAUGUAGAUAAAAAAACCGUUAUCACUGAUGAAAGAAAUAACAUGUCAGUCAAAACGUUGGGGAAACAUAAUUGUCGACUGAAAGAAAGUAAAUUAAACAACAAACAUGUAGCCGAUGUUAAAAUCCCGAACACCUGCCGCCCUCCAGCAAGAACUAGAUCUGAACCAUCGCUCUAUCCCGAGAGAAGAGAGAAAAGGCUGUACAAAAUCAAAAAAUCGAAACCUCUCAACAGCGAUCUCUUUCAUUUUCGAAAGGAAUUCGGAUAUGAAAUAGAAGACGUGGAUGACUUUUUAGCAAAUGCUACGAUUGAAAAGCCUGCAAAUAUACCGGUAGUAUUAGCAUUUCAAAGUAUCCUUUAUCACACUAGAGCAGGUGGUUUUCAAGCCGAAAUACAGCUUCCCUUAGGGAUGGUGGUGAAUGCAGUAUUUAAAAAUGAAAACUGGCUUUAUGUUCAAACCCCACAUGCCGUGGAAGGGUACGUUACCUAUGCUGAUUGCUUGCCCUUAGGUAUAAUUCCACCUAAAGAUAAUUCUUCCCUUCCUCUUUGGGAAAAUGUUACUGACAUUUUCCCUAAACCAUGUGGAAAUCUUACCGAUACGGAACUGGAUACAUACAGGGGUCGGUCAGGAAGUCGCAGUGUUUACAGUGCUUGUAGUGAAAAGGAUUUUGACAAACUUUAUUUGAAAGCCACCGGACUUUAUAAUCGUAACAAUUAUCAAAGUGCCGUUCAAAGACAUACCUUGCUGGUGAUAUCGUCGGAUUAUAAUAGUGAUAAUAUAGACACAAUUAAUGUGCGCAGGGGAGAUGUUGUUUCAUUACUGAGGCAACCUGUUAAAAAUUGGCUUUGGGUAAGAAAAAAAGAUGGCAACGAGGGUUUUAUACCCGAAACUGUGGCCGAAUAUCAGUUCCUUUAAAAUGUUUUCAUAUUUUUUUUAAUAAAAACCUUUUCUUUUGCGUGUUUAUUUUACAUUAGCUGGCCUCCACUGUUUCACCCGCAAUAAAAUUUGGUUUCAUUAGAAUUUAUCAAAUAAAUAAAAGAAAAAAACAGUCAAGUUAAUCACCCUUAGAAAAAUACAGUUUUAUAAAUGGAUUUUCAAUUUCCGAGUUAGCUCCUAUACACCCAAUUAACAACUACUAAUGAUUUUCAGGUAGGAAGCGAAAAAAGAAAAUAAUAUUCAAAUUUUCUUUAUUUUUUAUUGCUGCUC